AUGGAUUUAGUCAUCACCAAUAAUGGCACUGACAAUAUAGCUCUACUUGCCGGAUAUGGCAACGGUACAUUUGCAAGCGCAAAAAUGUAUUCAACUGGAUCUUCUUCAUCAAUCUCCAUUGCCAUAGGUGAUUUAAACAAAGAUAAUCGUUUAGACAUUACCUUCAUCAACAAUGAUACGGGCACUAUAGGUAUUAUGCUUGGCUAUGAUGAGUUUUUUCCAAUUCAAACGACAUAUUCAACUGACCUUGCACCGUACUCUGUAGCUAUUGGUGAUUUCAACCAUGACACCCGAUUAGAUAUCGUAGUUGCUAAUAGGGAUAGCAACACUGUAGGUGUACUUCUCGGAUAUGGAAAUGGUUCUUUUGCUGAUCAGAUGACAUAUUCAACUGACUCUUUGCCAUUCUCUGUAGCUGUUGGUGAUUUUAACAACGACACUCUAUUGGAUAUUGUCGUUGCUAAUAAUCGUGACCAGACUGUAAGUAUCCUUCUCGGAUAUGGUGAUGGCUCCUUUGCAAAUCAAACGAAGUAUUCAACUGGCUCUGAGCCAGUCUCUGUAGCUGUUGGUGAUUUUAACAACGACACCCAUCUGGAUAUCGUCGUCGCCAAUUCCAAUGGCGGCACUGUAAGUGUACUUUUAGGAUAUGGAAAUGGCUCUUUUACAGAUCAAACGACAUAUUCAACUGGCUCUCAGCCAUGGUCUGUAGCUCUUGGCGAUUUUAAUAAUGACGUCCAACUGGAUAUCAUCGUUGCUAAUUCGGGUGACAAUACUAUAAGUGUACUUCUCGGAUAUGGCAAUAGUUCUUUUGCAAAUCAAACGACAUAUUCAACUGGCUCUAUCCCAUACUGUGUAGCUGUAGGUGAUUUUAACAAUGACACCUAUCUGGAUAUCGUCGUCGCUAAUUCGGGUGAUAACACUAUAAGUGUACUUCUCGGAUACGGUGAUGGCUCUUUUGCAAAUCAAACAACAUAUUCAACUGGUUCUGCGCCAAGCUCUGUAGCUGUUGGUGAUUUUAACAACGACACCCAACUGGAUAUCGUCGUUGCUAAUUUUGGUGGCAACACUGUAAGUGUCCUUCUUGGAUAUGGCAAUGGCUCUUUUGCAAAUCAAACGACAUAUUCAACUGGCUCUGCGCCACAGUCUGUAGCUAUUGGUGAUUU